AUGACAGUUCCACAACCAGUGAUGACAGUGACUACAGUUCGGAAGAUGAUGACGCCCGAGAGCAAGCUGCCGCGGACCACACAACUGGAUGAAUCGAUCAAAGAGAUCCAACAAGAGGUGCAACAGGAAGUACAAGAACUUCAGAACUUGACCCAAAAUCGGAACCAACAACAAAUCAAUGAUGACAUGGAUAGAGCGUAUGGUGAAAGAGGACAUGGAAGGAACCUUCGUCCCAGAAAAUACCCAACAACUCAUGGAGAUCACCAGGUCCUCAUCCAGGUCCCGCACAGGGACGAGCCUGUACCGGAAUACACAGAGAUGGUAACCUUGUUCCAUCAUGAAGUGGCUUUUCUUACAGAGCAAAUGUCAGCAAAGAAAGGAUUGAAAGUGUUUGGAGAAUCAGGAGCAGAGGCCAUUGUAGCGGAGAUGCAUCAGAUACACUACAGGAAUGUGUUAUCGCCCAAGUACAGGAGCCAACUGACACCAGAACAAAGGAGGAACGCCUUGAGAUACCUAAUGUUCCUGAAGGAAAAGACAUGUGGAAAGGUCAAGGCCCGCGGAUGCGCCGACGGGCGCCGCCAAUGUCUCUACAAAACAAAGGAAGAGACAUCCGCACCGACAGUACGCACCGAGUCCUUCGUGAUCACCUGCGCAAUUGAUGCCAAAGAAGGCCGCAAGGUCAUGACAAUUGGCAUUCCUGGAGCAUUCAUGCAGGCUGAUACAGACGAGGUUAUCCACGUCAAGUUCAAAGGGGAGAUAGCCGAACUACUAACAAAAGUUGACCCAGCCCUAUACACCAAAUACGUUGCAUAUGAAGGAAAGAAGCCGGUCAUAUAUGCACAGCUGAACAAGAACCUCUACGGGACCUUGCAAGGAGCAUUGUGCUGGUGGAAGAACCUUUCUGGGUUCCUGGUGGACGAAUUGGAGUACGAGGCCAACCCGUAUGACAGCUGCGUUGUCAACAAGAUGAUAAAUGGAAAGCAAAUCCCAAUCGGUCAGAUUUGA